GCAAAAAACGUAGUGUGUUCUAGAGAGAGAAAAACCCGGAAACCCUAGUUUCUCUCUCUAGAAUUUCUCACACAACCCAUCAACCAUCUCUCAUAUAUUCGGUUUCCUUCCCCAAAUUCACAAAAAAUGCACAAAUUGGGUAGAGGUCACCGGGACAAAGUCCAGCAAUUCAUGGCAAUAACUGGGGCAAGUGAAAAAGUUGCUCUUCAUGCUUUGAAGGCCAGUGAUUGGCAUCUUGAAGGAGCAUUUGAUGUAUUUUACAGUCAGCCCCAGAUUAAAGCAUUUACUGAUUCUAGACAUUUGGAGGAGCUUUACAGUAGAUAUAAAGAUCCAUAUGUUGAUAUGAUAAUGGCUGAUGGCAUCUCCGUCCUUUGCAAUGACCUUCAGGUGGAUCCUCAAGAUAUUGUUAUGUUAGUUGUCUCAUGGCACAUGAAGGCUGCCACCAUGUGCGAAUUUUCAAAACAGGAGUUCAUUAGUGGAUUGCAAGCAUUGGGGAUAGAUUCACUGGAGAAAUUUCGUGAGAGGAUACAAUUCAUGCGUACUGAGCUGAAAGAUGAACAAAAGUUCCGUGAGAUAUACAACUUUGCUUUUGGCUGGGCUAAAGAAAAGGGUCAGAAAUCUUUGGCAUUGGAUACGGCAAUUGGUAUGUGGCAGUUACUAUUUGCUGAAAAGCAAUGGGCGUUGGUUGAUCACUGGUGCCAGUUCCUACAGGCUCGACAUAAUAAAGCAAUCUCUAGGGACACCUGGUCUCAAUUAUUGGAGUUUGCAAAGACUGUGGAUCCUUCACUGUCUAAUUAUGAUGCUGAAGGAGCUUGGCCGUAUCUCAUUGAUGAGUUUGUGGAGUACUUGAAUGAGAACAACAUCAUCCAAAAGGGCCAGCCGAUUGACUGGAGCCUAAAACGAAUAAAGAGACCAACAAAGGAAAAAUAAGAACAAAAGACACCGUAAAUUAUGAAACAUUUUCUCUUUACUGACUUAAUCAGUACUCGCUCUACAUUUACAGUAAUUGGGACUGUUGAUAUGGGUAUAUGGAUUUUCUUGUGAAGUAAAAUUUGUGAGUAUCUAGUGAGCUCAUGGUGUAAAUUUUUAUAGCUAGAAAUGUACACUUCUUGCUCCUUUCCAUGUUGAAA